UCCGACAGUAUCAACACCGAAGAGGUCGCGUGCACGUUUUGGUGGAAUUGACCGACGCGAGCACUUGACCAACCGAUGGCAAGGCGCAGGGUGCUCUCCGCCUCAAGGACAAGCUAGAGCUGAUUGAAGUCUCCCUAUCUCUGCUGCUCUGUGCGGCUCACACGAUCGCACGACAAACGUCUCGGAUCAGCCGACAAUUUCCGUGAGCUACGAUCGCACGUGUUGAAGCAGCUUCCCACAGCGUUAGGAUCAAUCAUCAGCAAAGGCUUCCACGAGGUGGCCCAACGCAUGGUGGCAGCAGUUGUCAUUUCACUUUCGUUCGGUUCGGCGGUGGUUCCUCGGAGUUAGUCUCCAAAAACGCUCUCUUCACUGUGCGCGCGCGCGAAACCGCGUCCGUUUGAAGCGAGUGGCUCGGAUUUCGAUAGGGGUGAUCAAUAUACAUGAAUGCAUGUGCGUGUUGCAAUCCGAUCUAGCUGUGACGUUUAGACGGGGCAUUCGGGAGGGUGACCGAAUAACAGAUUUCUCAACGUUACGACGGGAUCUAGUUUUUCUAAUUUAAUUUGGAAAUGUGCCUCAAACUUGUUCUCUGACACUGUCCUUUCGCCUAAUGGCUGAUAGGCAUAGUGCAGCCGGAUUAAACCUGGUCCAUCAGGGGGGCAGUGAAUGUGUGCAUUGGUGUGAACUUACGAAAGCCUUACUAGUCAAUCAAAUGGCUCCGAAGGCCACGCUGAAAUUUGAAUGAAUUAUUAGAAGUGCUUGGAAACGGUGGUAUGCUCCGAAGCGGGCUGACAGACAGAAACUAGGUCAAAAUUGUGCUUACGCUAGUGGAAAACAGAAAGAAUUUGUCAACACGGUGUCGAACACCGCGGAAAGAGUACCUGUUGCGGAAAACACACCGACUAGAACAAACAUCAUGAUGAGCGUGGCAGAAAACUUUACGGAUUUCUCUUCCGGUUCCCGGUUCGUUUGGCAUAUGGCCACCGAGGAGUACAACGCGGGCCGGAAUUGGUCCGGGCUGAUCGACCGGUACUGGCUGAUUGUGGAAGAAUUGAUUGCAGACCCCCGAGCCAAACACCUCCCCUUCAUGGACAACCCGCUGCCGACGCUGGGAAUGAUGACCUGCUAUCUGCUGUGGGUCCUCUGGCUCGGCCCGUUGUAUAUGCGGGACAGGAAACCAAUGGACCUGCGGAGAAUUAUCAUCUUCUACAACUUGUUUCAGGUUCUGCUCAGCGGAUAUAUGUUUUACGAGCACCUAAUGGCGGGAUGGAUACGAGGAUACAGCCUCACGUGCCAGACAGUGGAUUACGACGAUGGACCGCUUUCUCGAAGGAUGUUUAAUCUUUGCUACGUGUACUACCUCUCGAAGUUGACCGAGUUUGCUGACACGACAUUUUUCGUGCUGCGGAAAAAGCAGUCCCAGAUCACGGAUUUGCACGUGUAUCAUCACUCGUUGACGCCGAUGGAGGCGUGGAUUUUGACCAAGUUUAUUGCCGGUGGCAAUGCGACUUUCCCCAACAUCAUUAACAAUUUCGUGCAUGUGCUGAUGUACUUCUACUAUAUGCUCUCGGCGAUGGGACCCCGCUUCCAGAAGUAUCUCUGGUGGAAAAAGUACAUGACCGAGGUUCAGAUCGUUCAGUUCAUCCUUUGCAUCGCUCACUGCAUCAACGCGUUAGUGACUGGCUGUCCAUUCCCGCGAUUCAUCUCCACGCUUCUGCUAAUCAACGCCUCCAUAUUCCUUGCGUUGUUCAUGAACUUUUACAUCCAAAGCUACAAACGAAAGCCGCCAGCCCAAGCGAUCGUGGAAAAAUCAUCCGAAUCCUCCACAGUCGAAGACGCAACGGAGGCCGACGGACUGUCCAAGAAACCGCUGGUUGAGAUGAACAACAACACAAUCGAAUCGAUGGAGUCGUUGGAGAAACCAACGGAGCCACUUCCGUUGCCACUUGAAGAUACUGUGGAUAAGGAUCCGAAAGUCUGCGUUGAGGGAUCGACGGACGAAGUCGAUCGGGAGCUGCCAAAGGAUGCGACGAAAGAGCUGGUUGAAGGACUCCGGAAGCGGAUAGUGACGUUCGAAGAACUGAUGCUCAAAGAUCCACCUUUACGGGUGGAGGAUGUUGUACAAUCGUAGGAUAGUGUUCGGACGUAGCAUCGGUUAGUCGUAGUCGUAAGCGUCUCUAGAAUGAUAGGUUCCACCAUGACACACGAAAAAUCAGCCAUUAGACGACUUUUACGCUGGUUUCGUUGAAUAAUGUUACACUUCAACUCUGGGUUUAAUAGUUAAUUUAUUCAGUUCACAACGUGUUUAUGUUGCUUUCACCAUCCAUUUCCACUGUACAGCUCAAGGUAAUAAUAUCGAGAAGGCGCCAUAAUAUUUCAAUCAUGUAGUUAUUUUCUAGUCUUAAAUAUUUCAUCAUUCGCCAGCAGAGCACGAAUAAAAAUUAGAAUUAUCAAAAUUAUUACAUCGAAAUGAGUCACGAAAAAUUACAAUUAACCUCACCACCUCUCCACCUUCUGAGACCAUUUUCCACGACGGAAAACGUGUCCUUCAGACGAUCAACAACAAACCGUCGGAUUUGACCUAAACGAAACAUUCCGAUUCAAUACAGCUAUGAAAUGAAGCGCGAUAAUCAAAAUUGGAAUCACAAAAAGUGUGCUUAAAACAUAAUUGUAGUGGAUAAACCAACGAUAAUAGUCUAAGACUGAGAUAAGAAAAAAAACUGUGCAGCUUAUGUGCUGUACAAAUUUUCAGUAGCUGUAACUGUGCGAAAGGAAGAAUAGCGUUGUGUAUUCAGUCUUAGAGUUAUACCAAUAGGUUAAGUUUUAUUGUAGUAGAAA